GCUGCUGGACAGGAAUGAAUGGCACACCCGGAUAGCGGAAGUUGCGCUGUACUAUGAGGCUUAUGCACACAUUGGUAGAUGCUCUUACAGCCUAAAGUUACUCGUACAGUGAAGCACAUCGUCUAAAACAUCGUAAGGUCAAAACAGAAGAGGAGGAGCGGAUGAAUUAGGCUCUGAGCAGCCGACGGGCUUCGGCGAGAGGAAUUACUGCGCGGCCAAAGAUCCAGUCAUGACUCCGUCAGUGCGUUUACAGGAAAUGAUCCGGGUCAUCCGAAGUGCCCGGACGCAAGGUGAAGAAAGGGGCAUCAUCCAAAAAGAGUGUGCAGAAAUCCGGGCACAGUUUCGCCAGACUGACAAUGGGGAGCGUUCGCACAGUCUGGCAAAACUGCUGUAUGUGCACAUGCUGGGCUACCCUGCACACUUCGGCCAGAUGGAGUGUGUACGUCUGAUUGCGAGCCCCAGGUACAGCGAGAAGAGGAUUGGUUACCUGGGAGCCAUGAUGCUCCUGGAUGAGAAGCAAGACGCCAGCUUACUGAUUACCAACUCAAUCAAGAAUGACCUUUCCCACAGCAGUCAGUAUGUCCAGUCUCUGGCUCUCUGCACUCUGGCCUGCAUGGGUUCAUCAGAGAUGUGUCGAGACCUGGCGCCAGAGAUCGAGCGGCUCCUCAGGGCCUCUACUUCUUACAUCAAGAAAAAGGCUACGCUGUGUGCCGUCCACAUAAUAAGAAAGGUCCCAGAGCUUGCAGAGCUGUUUACUCCUUCAGCAAGGUCUCUGCUGUCUGAGAAGAACCAUGGGGUUCUGCACGGGGCUGUAGUUCUCAUCACCGAAUUGUGCGAGCGAAAUGCUGACACUCUCGAUAAGUUCCGCAAGGCUGUUCCUGAGCUGGUUCAGAUUAUGAAAGGUCUUGUGACGUCCAGUUACUCUCCAGAACACAAUGUUGCUGGUAUCAGUGACCCCUUUCUGCAGGUGCGCAUUCUUAGAUUGCUAAGGAUUCUGGGUCACAACAAUGACUCUGCUAGUGAUGCCAUGAAUGACUUGUUGGCACAGGUGGCUACAAAUACAGACAGCAGUAAGACUGCAGGCAGUGCUGUGCUGUAUGAAACAGUUCUGACUAUCAUGGACAUCAAUUCAGAGAGUGGGCUUAGGGUACUAGCAGUAAAUAUUCUGGGCAGGUUUCUACUAAAUAAUGACAGGAAUAUUCGCUACAUAUCAAUGACGUCACUCCAGAAGAUAGUGCAGACAGACCACAAUGCAGUGCAGCGCCACAGAGGCACCAUUGUUGACUGCCUGAAAGAUCAGGACACCUCAGUCAAACGUCGUGCACUGGAACUGUCACUUGCCCUCGUGUCACCUGUGAACAUUCGCUCAAUGAUGAAGGAGCUCCUCAUUUUUCUUUCAUCCUGUCCUGUAGAGCUUCGAUCACAAACUGCUUCCGGCAUCUUCAACGCUGCUGAAAGGUAUUCCCCUUCUAAGCGCUGGCACAUUGAUACCAUCCUGCAUGUGCUCACCACGGCUGGAGGUGAUGUAAGAGAUGAAACUGUGCCCAAUUUAAUCCAACUCAUCACUACCGCGUCUGAACUCCACUGUUACACCGUUCACAAGCUCUACAGAGCACUUGUAAAAGAUAUUUCACAGCAAUCCUUGGUCCAAGUUGCAUGCUGGUGUAUAGGAGAGUAUGGAGAUCUGCUUCUGAAGGGCGAGUGUGAAGAGAUCGAGCCAGUGCAGGUUACAGAGGAUGACGUUCUGGAUGCCUUGGAAACCGUUCUACAGUCUCACAUGUCGGCUCCGGCAACCAGAGGCUUCGCACUCACUGCGACCAUGAAGCUGAGCACUCGCAUCACCGACAAUGUCGACCGAAUCAGAAGUAUUGUCAGUAUUUACGGCAGCUGCAUUGACCUGGAGCUUCAACAGAGAGCAGUGGAAUAUAAUGCACUUUUCAAGAAAUAUGACCACAUGAGAGCUGCGGUGUUGGAGAGAAUGCCUUUGAUGGAGAAAAACUCACCAGGCCACACUAAUGGAGACUCAUCAGGAGAGAUUAAAGAGCCUGAGCCAGCCAAAACCAAACCUGUUGAGCCCGUUUUGCUCUUAGAACCAGCAAACCAGGUGUGUGAUCUUCUGGAUCUCUUGGGUGGGACGGACACACCAGUUCAGCCCAGCUCUGCCCCGACCAGCACUGCAACAACUACCUCUAGUGCCGAUCUUCUGGAUCUGCUGGGAGGGCUGGAGCCCACGCCAGUACCUGCUGUGACGGUGUAUGAGAAGAACGGAGUGAGCCUGAAGAUCCAGUGUGACAGUCAGACAGAAACAGACAUCACAGUCACCCUUAUUGCCUCAAACUCCACUCAGAAUGACAUCAGCAACUUCACUCUUCAAGCAGCAGUACCUAAGAGUGUUCAGCUGCAAAUGAAGGCUCCGAGUGGUAAUGUGAUUGCAGCACAAGGCCUUGGUCAAGUCACACAGACUGUUUUUCUCAACAACCCUAACAAGGUCAGCCUUAAAAUGCGGGUUCGAGUUUCUUACUCCGAUCAGGGCACAAUGCUUCAGGACACAGUACAAAUUGACUCCUUUCCUAGUCCGUCCUGGAACAGUCAGCCAUCAGUCGGAGUCUUGUGACAGAUCUAUGUGAAUCCAGACGUUAAACGGUCACCUGUGGAAAUGGGCAGCUGCCUGUCAACCUCUCUGAACAGAUUUGAUACAACAGAUUUUAUGAAGUGUUACCUUGGUUUGAAUUGUCUAGAACAAAGUGUGGUUCAUUUGCUGUUAUUAUUACCACACAAGAGUGAACAAAUUAAUGUACACUAUCAUUAGAUGAGGUCUUUUAUGCAUCGUCACUAAAUAACUAUAUGAGAAGCCCCAUAAAUGAUAUCGUCUGGGAAUGAAAACAUCCUGAGCUCCAGUUGCCUUACUGUUAGUAUCAAGCCUUUCCUCAGCAUCUUUGUUUUGUCAAUUAUGAAUUCUCCUCAGUCUCAGGACAUUCCUGCACCACAAUUGUAUACUUUUAUUGACGGUGAAUGUGAACUUGCCAUUUCACAUACUUAAAAAUGUCCCGUUCAUACUUCUCAACCUCAUUGUGUGUGUGUGAAAUGACAAAUAUCCAUCGUUUAUUCCUCUUUCAUCAAAACAUAAUACAAUAAAACAGAUAUGGCAUAA